UUCUUCUAAAAUGUCAAUGUUGACUCGCCAUCUCCUGUUUGACCACUUCCAAUUUACCUUGAUUCAUGGACCUAACAUUCCAGGUUCCAGGAAGUGCAUGAGGAUAUGUUAUGUGCACUUUUGUUGCCAAUCAACACCCAGCCACAGAACUAUUCAAGUCUUUGAAUGAUUACAUAUCAGGAAAACUGAACUGGCUAUUUUGUGUUGGUAUACAUAUGGACAGAACUGCUGCCGUGACUGAACAACUUUCUGGUUUCACUAGUUAGGCCAAAAAGGUCACUUCUGAAAGUUAAUCUACGCACUGUGUCAUCCAUAAAGAAAUGCUGGAUAGCCAAAAAAUGUCACCUGAACCUAAAAACAUUUUACAGGAUGUGAUCAAAAUUAACCACAUUAAAGUACAUGCCCUUAACUCACAUCUGUUCUCACAGCUCUCUGAGGAGAUGGAUGCAAAACACAUAUGUUUUAUACACAGAAGUGAGAUGACUUUCUAAAGAUGGAUCACUGACCAGAAUUCUUGAGUUACAGGAGCUGCUCCAGAGAUUUCUUUUAGAAAAACAGUCAUCACUGGCAGCACAUUUCAUUGACACAGAAUAGGUGGCAAAACUUCUUGUGUAACAUAUUCAACAAACUCAAUCUGUCACUUCAGAGGAGAAUGACAACUGCAUUCAAGUUGGCAGAUAAAGUGGUUGCAUUAAAAAACUGGAAGGGAGGGGUUGGCGCCGGAGCGGUGUUGCCGUCGGGGGCUGACACCGAGUGCCCAGCCCGCGGUGUCGGCGGUGCGUUGGCGUCGGUGCGCCGCCGCGGCCCGGGAGUGUCGGCCGGGCGCGCUGGCACUGAACUGAGAAGAUGUCCCUGUACGAUGACCUGGGAGUGGAGACCAGCGACUCAAAAACAGAAGGCUGGUCCAAAAACUUCAAACUCCUGCAGUCUCAGCUCCAGGUGAAGAAGGCAGCUCUCACUCAGGCCAAGAGCCACAGGACAAAACAAAGUACAGUCCUUGCUCCAGUAAUCGACUUAAAGCGAGGCGGCUCUUCAGAUGAGCGGCAGAUCGUGGACACUCUGCCGCACGUGGCCGCAGGCCUCAAGGACCCUGUUCCCAGCGGGUUUUCUGCAGGAGAAGUUUUGAUCCCCUUAGAUGAUGAAUAUGAUCCCAUGUUUCCUAACGAUUAUGAGAAAGUAGUGAAGCGCCAAAGAGAGGAGCGACAGAGGCAGCGGGAGCUGGAAAGACAGAAGGAAAUAGAAGAGAGAGAAAAGAGGCGUAAAGACAGACAUGAAGCUAGUGGGUUUUCCAGGCGACCCGAUCCAGAUUCUGAUGAAGAUGAAGAUUAUGAGCGAGAGAGGAGGAAAAGAAGUAUGGGCGGAGCUGCCAUUGCACCUCCCACGUCUCUUGUGGAGAAGGACAAAGAGUUACCCCGAGACUUCCCUUAUGAAGAGGAUUCACGACCUCGCUCACAGUCUUCCAAAGCUGCUAUCCCUCCCCCAGUGUAUGAGGAACAAGACAGACCCCGAUCCCCGACCGGCCCUGGCAACUCCUUCCUCGCCAACAUGGGGGGCACGGUAGCACAUAAAAUCAUGCAGAAGUACGGCUUCCGGGAAGGCCAGGGUCUCGGGAAGCAUGAGCAGGGCCUGAGCACAGCGCUGUCGGUGGAGAAGACCAGCAAGCGGGGCGGCAAGAUCAUCGUGGGCGACGCCACCGAGAAAGACGCAGCCAAGAAGUCGGAUUCGAAUCCAUUAACUGAAAUACUUAAGUGUCCUACCAAAGUGGUCCUACUCAGGAACAUGGUUGGUGCAGGAGAGGUGGAUGAAGACUUGGAAGUAGAAACCAAGGAAGAGUGUGAAAAAUAUGGCAAAGUUGGAAAAUGUGUGAUAUUUGAAAUUCCUGGUGCCCCUGAUGAUGAAGCAGUACGAAUAUUUUUAGAAUUCGAGAGGGUUGAGUCAGCAAUUAAAGCUGUUGUUGAUCUGAACGGGAGGUAUUUUGGUGGACGGGUGGUCAAAGCAUGUUUCUACAAUUUGGAUAAAUUCAGGGUCCUGGAUUUGGCAGAACAAGUUUGAUUUUAAAAACUAGAGCCUGAGUCAUCUCCAGCGAUCCUUCGGCAAGCUGCAGAGUGAGCAGAGGAGAACAAGGCAUCAGGGGGGCCUUUCCUGGCUGUGGGUGCAGAGACUCUGUGAGGACUUCUAAGAUAUGUUGACUGAUCCCUUUUUUAUUUUGUGGUUUUUUAAUAUAGUAUAAAAAUCCUUUUAAAAAAACAAACCAAAAAAAAAAAAAAAAACUGGAAUGAUGGAGGCAACUAGUGAAUAGUGGAAUUUUUGACAUUUCAAACAUUAGCAGAGAUUUAGAGAGACUGAGAAGAGCGUCUUCCUUCUCAGGAAGUGCAUGAUCACCUAUCUCAGCUUUUGAAAGAGUUUGAGCAUUACUUCCCAGCCAAAAAAAGAUUCCCGAACUGUGAAGGGAUGGAUCCAUGACCCACUUACGAGUAAGCCAGGUCAAUCAACGCUGUCCAUGCUAGAAGAGGAUCAGCUGCCUGCAAUCGCAAAUGAUGGUGGCCUUAAAAGUAUGUUUCUGACAACUUCAAAUCUCCUUAUGUUCUGGAUUAAAGUCAAGGGAAAAUAUUCUGAGAUUGCCACAAAAGCAAAGAAAAGCCUGCUUCCAUUUCCAACAUCCUCUUUGUGAAGCAAGUUUUCUGUAGUGACAGCAACCAAAACAAGAUUACAGAGUAGACUGGACAUAAGCAUCACACUUCAGGUGUCAAUGACUCUGAACACCCCCAGAUGGGACUGCCUAGUUGCAGGAAAACAAGCUCAGGGCUCCCACGAAUUCUACAUUAUGCUGAGAUGUUUAACUAUUUCAUUAUAUAUCACAAUGUAAUAAUAACAGUAAUAAGGUGCACAAUAAAUCUUAUGCUCUUGAAUCAUCCCAAAACCAUCCCUCCCCACCCAACUCCAUGGAAAAAUUAUCUUCCAUGAAACAGGUCCCUGGUGCCAGAAAGGUUGGGGACUGCUGAUCUACACGAUCAACUAGAAUAUGCUACUAAACUAUACAAAUCAAAAGGAAAAAAGUAGAUACCAAAGAAAAAGAUAUGAAGUCAUUUUGCAGAAAGGAAAAAUCAAAUAUUUUAUGUGAAAGUCAAUGAUAUUCAAACUUCAAUAGUCAGAUAAAUCAAAUUUAAAUAAGAUACCAAUUUAUACAUAGCUGAUUGUGAAAAUUAGAAAGCUAGAUAAUGCCAAGUGUUGGUAGUAGUGUGGAGAAAGAGGAACUCUUAUACACUACUAAUAGGAAUAUACAUAGUGGAGAGUUUUUGGUCAAAUUAAGUACAAGUGAACCCUAUGAUACAGUAAUCUCAUUCUCUGCGGUAUACAUCCCAGAGAAAAUUUCACAUUUCCAUAGGAGAUACGUAUAAGAAUUUUAAUCAUAGUCUUGUUUGUUAUGGUGUUGGAGGAGUGAAGUUUGUUGGUGGGAUUAGAGGCAAUCUAGUAUCCUUCACUCAGGGAAUGGCCAAAUAAAAUCAGUUGAAUAUUAUGGAGCAGUACAAACAAAAGAACUAGAUAUGGUUUUUGCUGAGUGAAAAAAGUUUUAAUAAGUCUGUUGUGCCAUACUGCUUAUGUAAAUUAAAAGAAACAAAAAACAGUAACAUUUGCGUUUUAUUUUGUUAGAAGGAGACACUUAAAGACAUGGUGAGUUUGAAGGGAUUCAAGAUAAGGAUAAAAGGAAGUUAUGUAAAAGUUACAUUAAAUAAUAAUAAAAAUUACAUUUGUGUAUUUUUAAUACUACAAACAGCAUAUGUCAUUUCAAAAAAUUAUUUUAAAUAGAAAAAGUUAGAUAUGUGUUUUUAAGACAAUAGAAGGCUUUGGGAGAGCAAACAAAAGUACCUGACCUAGCUCUGAGGAGGGCAUGAAGCCUUCUCUGAAUAGAUAGAUUAAAUAAACCCCAUUUUAACUGGGAAGACAGUAACAGAUAUUUUAAUUUGAGGUAAAGGGAAGUGGCAUAGAAGUGGCAGAAUGAGUGGAGUUUAUGCAGACUGCAAGAAAAUUACAUGGAGUCCAAAGAUAACUUUAUGUAAUCAGAGGCCAGAUGAUGAAGCAUUUUGUACAGAAAAGGUUAGGUUUUAUUCAGUGGAUAAAGGGAAAUAAUAAUAGAUGUAAGCUGGAAAGUGACUGAUGUGGACAGAUUCUGGAACCAUAAAGUAGAAGUGCUGCUGUAAAAUGCCAUUAAGAAAAAAAAUGGUGUAAGUAGCUUUGGAACUGGGUGAUAGGUAGAGGCUGGAAGAGUUAUGAGGUUCAUGUAUGAAAAAGCCUAGUUUGCAUUGAUGGGACGUUGGUAGAAAUGGGUGCGUGCAUAUGUGGUAGAAAUACAAUCAUUAAAGGUGAUUCUGGUGAGUUCUAUGAACAUGUUGUUGGAAACUGAAACAAAGGAAAUUAACAGAAAGUGACAAAGAACUUGGCAGGACUACUCUCAUGCUUUGUGGAAAUCAGUGAUAACCUUGUAUUAGGUAAGGAGAUUUUUAAACAAAGUGUUGAAGGUGUAACCUAGUUUCUUCUUAAGGUUUAUUAUAAAAUGUAAGAGGGCAUGGAGAUAAA